AAAUCCGUUCCAAAAAAUAAGUUUUGUUAAUUUGAAUUAUUAGUUAUUCAAAAAGUCAUUCCUAUAACUUUUUUUUAAUAAAUCUUGGAAAUCACACAAAAAGAAUACUAAGUUAGGAAAAAAUGUCAAAAGAAGAUAUAGUAUCAAAAACUGUUUCGGAGCCAGUAGUUCGGUUUGCUAUUGUUGGCGCACCAAAAGUCGGAAAGUCAGCAAUUAGUGUAAGAUUUUUGACUCGACGCUACAUUAGCGAAUAUCAGCCAGGCGUUGAAAAUAACUAUGUAAGAGAAAUAUUUUUUGGAGACGACCAUAUUACUUACGAAUUAAAAGACACGGCCAAUGAGGUAGACGUCCUUUCUCAUAUUUCGUGGGCCACAUGUAUAGCCGUUGUUUAUUCGAUAGAUGAUCGUCUCUCUUUUAUGUUAGCUGAAGACAUUCUUAAAUUAAUUGAUUCGCAUUUAUCUAAGGACUCUAACGAAGGUAAAAAUAUGCUAUGCUACGCUUUGAUUUCUAACAAAAACGAUUUAGAUCAUUUACGGGUAGUUACUUCUGACGAAGGAAAAUCGCUUGCAAAACUGUAUCACGCGGGUUUCUGGGAAAUGUCAGCUGCUGACAACUACGAAUCAACGUACGGACCAAUUAGAGCAAUGAUCGUAGAAGCCUUUUUUAGUACUACAAAUAAACCUAUAAAUCCAGUGCCCCAAAAUAUCAACAAAACUCGUAAUGUUGACGACUUUAGAAAUAAUACAAAAUCCGUUUUAAAUCAACAGAAUAAAAAAAUUUCCCUAGAUAAUAGCAAUACAUAUUUAAAAAAAAGUCGAAAAUCCUCAAAAACCGAUGGGUUUAAGAAAAAUUCACUCGGUUACCUUUUGUUAGAAAACUUUGCUAUGAACGAUUUAGCUUUUGCAAUGGCAAAUGUGCCGGACUCACAAGACGCACACAAGACAGACGAUCAUAAAGAAACCGAAAAAUCUAGGAAAGAGAAAUUCCGAUCUUCCAUUAAACGAGAAAGAUUAGCAAAACCAAUUCGAAAACUUGGCGUAAACCAAAUUGCAUUUGAAAAUAGAGAUAAUGAGAAAGAUCAACCGAUAUCAGACACAGACUCAUUAGACUCAAAUUCGUCGAAGUUAAAUUUAAAUAACAAGAUUACAGAAACAAAUCUUACGAAAGAUGCAAAAGCUAAUCAGGAAAAUAUUCCCGAUUUAGUGCAAAAAACAAACUCACAAACAAUUUCUUCAUCGAUAUCUACGGUUAUAUUAAAAACAAACUCAAUAGCAAUACCGCAAACAAAAUCGACAUCGGCACAGCAAGCUAACUCGAUCCCGUUAUCACAAACAAACUCGGCACCAGUAUCGCAAAUUAAUUUACCAUUUGUGACACAAACAAACAUGAAAAAUCUUUAUAAUAAAAGGUAUAGCACAAUGUCAAUGAAUAAUGACAAUAGUCCAUUGGCAAAUUGGAAUGCAUUAAUGUUCGGACCAGAAUACGAUCUAUGUCGCAUUUUUAAAGGGAGAUCUGAAAAAAAAUCUACGCGAAUGAAAAUAUCAGCAAUAUUCAAACAAGCAAAUCUUUGAAAAUGUAAUACAUUUCAUAUUUUGAUGACGCCGUAAAUAUUAAAUAA